AUGGAAUCACUAGCUGGAGGAAAUGGACGAGGCAGUGGAAUCAAUCAACUCUUAGAACCACGAAGUUUGUACAUUGAUGAUGAUCAAACAAUUUAUGUUGCUGAUUGUGAAAAUCAUCGUAUCAUGGAAUGGAAAUGUGGUGCAACUAAUGGCAAUGUGAUUGCCGGUGGAAAUGAAAAUGGAAACGGAGCUCAUCAGUUAAACCGCCCAGAUGAUGUGAUUGUCGACAAAGACAGAGAUAGUCUCAUCAUCAGCGAUUACGGAAAUCAAAGAGUAGUUCGAUGGUCUCGUCAAAAUGAUACUGGUGGAGAAACUAUUCUUUCGAACAUCUCUUGUGUUGGUUUGACAAAAGAUGAGAAUGGAUCUCUCUAUGUUGUCGACGAUGGAAAACAUGAACUGAGACGAUAUAAAAGUGGUGACACUCAAGGAACAGUAAUUGCAGGUGGGAACGGAAAAGGAAACCGUCCCGAUCAACUCUACCAUCCCCACUACGUAUUUAUCGAUCGAGAUCAUUCAGUGUAUGUGUCUGAUUGUUGGAAUCAUCGUGUAAUGAAAUGGGAAGAAGAUGCAAAACAAGGCAUUGUCGUAGCCGGUGGCCAAGGACAAGGAAAUAGUCUUACACAAUUGUCAGGUCCUCAAGGAGUUGUUGUUGAUCAAUUGGGUACUGUCUAUGUUGCUGAUUAUCAUAAUCAUCGAAUCAUGCGUUGGCCAAAAGGAGCCACACAAGGAAGUGUCAUUGCUGGUGGAAACGGUAAAGGAGCUCAGUCGAAUCAAUUCGAUUGUCCCGUAGGUUUAUCAUUCGAUCGAUAUGGCAAUCUCUAUGUCGUCGAGUUUGGAAAUAAUCGAGUACAAAAAUAUAACAUCGAAUAA